CAAAUGCAUCACCAGAGUGAUCUGUAUUGAACAUUAGUGUCCAGCCAGUGAGCUUAUUUUAGUUAAGCUUCUGUUAAGUUGUGUUUUUCUGCUCUUAGACAAUAUUUAAGAAAAAAAAGUGGAUAUGUUGCGCAACAUUUCCAAGAGUCACAUUUUAGCUGCCUUUGUGUUUCUUCUCGCUCUUUUCGGGGGCAUCUAUGUCUACACGGGAGGCAGCACCUCAACAUUCAGCAUUUGCCCGCCGUGUUAUGAAGAGCCUGAGCCAUUUGUGAAUAAAGCAGUGACAAAUUGCCCGGGCAAUGGCAGCUGGAGGAUCGGAGUCAUGAAAAUGCAAGCUGGACUGCAGUAUCCUCAGCCAAGCUCACUGAAAGGACGCACUGAUGUGAACUCGGUGACCAACUGGAACGCUCCUCUGGUUUGGGAGGGAACCUUUGAUCCAGUGGUGAUUGAUAAUAUCUAUAGGAGAAUAAACCCAAGAAUUGCUGUGGUGGUUUUUGCUGUCGGAAAAUACACUCGUUUCCUGAAGGGUUUCCUGGAGACGGGUGAAAAGUACUUUCUUUAUGGCUUCAGAGUCACUUACUAUGUCUUCACAGACAAUGAACAAGAAGUUCCCAAAAUUGCACUGGGUGAGGGUCGGAAGAUUUCAGUUCUCACCGUCCCCAGUGCCAAGCGCUGGCAGGACGUAGUACUUGGCAGGAUGAAAUGGGCAACUAUCGCCAUUGAGAAGCAGAUCCGCGGUGAAGCCGAUUAUCUUUUCAUGAUGGACAUCGACAGUGUCUUCCACAACCGGUUUGGAGCAGAGAGUCUCAGUCAGCUGUCUGCUGUCCUUCACCGUGGUUACUACCAGAGUACAAAAAGGGAGGACUUUCCAUAUGAGCGUCGUCCUGAGUCCAAGGCCUAUAUCCCUCCUGAUGAAGGAGACUACUACUACACUGCAGCUGUGUGGGGGGGAUACCUGGAGGACAUGUACAAGCUCGUCAGAUACUGUUAUGAGCAGUCGGAGGAAGACGCCAAGAACAACAUUGAAGCAGUGUGGCAGGAGGAAAGUCACCUCAACAAGUACUUGUUGUACAACAAACCGACUAAGGUGCUGUCUUCAGAAUACCUGUGGUCAGACUAUGAUGCAAUAAAACCAGAAAUUAAAGUGGUCAGGAUCUCCCAGGUGGUAAAGGACUAUGCGAAGGUGCGGCCCAACGGUGGAAUGUGAUGCCACAUCAAUGAUUUUUAAGAAGUAAAAUCUUUUUAGUCAUACUAAAAAUUGGGCUAUAUGUAUGGAUUCAUUAGAGUCCGAGGACCCCUACUUAGUUAUAUUAUCAUUAUAUACAGUGGCGGCUGGUUAAUACA